UUGGACUGUUCUGCUAAGACUAACGAGCUAUUAGACCUAUAUUAAUUAAGUGUAUGUCAUUUAACAACGGGAACAGGCACCUUCGGCGGCAUCACGGGGUUGUUUAUGGGCUGCAGUUUCGUGUCCGUCUUCGAGCUGGUGUUCUUCGUGUGUGUGCGACCCACUUGCAACUGGCUGCUCCGACAGAGAGUACGUUAUAGACUGCGGCGUCGUCGUCGUCAAAUCGAACAGGCGGCUAAUGGUAAUUAGGUCGAGCUCACUAACUGGCCCAAAUUCCUGAGCAAAGACAAAUCAGUUGGCAGUGAAAAGCGCAUGAGAUGGCGUUUAAGAAGCGGCGCAUCUUUGAUCUACGCGUGGUGCAAUCGCAACAGCAUAUGUCUAAGUCUUUGGAAGGGCACAGGAACAGCAAUAGCACCGCUACCUUCUCAGUACUCAGUCAUGGUCACAGUCGCCGACGUUGGAAAUAUUAUCGGCUGCGACUUAUUUGGAAUUGGUUCACGGAAAGUCUGCGCAAUUAUUGUCAGACCACAUCGUUGCAUGGCUUCAGCUACAUUACUCGCCAGGAUAUCAGCAGGAAUGAACGUUUCUUUUGGUUGUUUGUUGUCUUGUCUGCCAUUAUCGCCUCCAUAUCUCUGGUAUUAGUUUCACUGUAUGCGAAUCGUGAGACGCCAACGGUGACUGUCAUCGAGAGUUCGCAUUUCCCCACCUGGAAUAUUCCCUUUCCGGCUGUAACGAUUUGCAAUUUCAACAAGAUUUCGAAGACCAAAGCUUUAAACUUGAUGCGAAAUAUGCAACUGCCACCCAACGUCACAAAUGAGCAUUUGCAGCAACUUUUUAACCUAACGCUACUCCCAGUGGGCAACACCAUUAGCAACGAUUCCCUACAUAUCUACGAUAAUAUUUUAAACAUGAAUAAUAUUACUCUCACGGAGCUGAGCAAACAACUCUCACCCGACUGCCUGGAGAUGAUCUCUCGAUGCAUCUGGAAGGGAAUCAACACACGCUGCGAGAGUCUCUUUCAACGCAUUAUGACACUGGAGGGCACUUGCUGCAGCUUCAACUACUUUGCUGCAUUGACCAAUAAUUUUCCAACAAAGAUUGCUUACCAGGUGCCCAAGCGUCCGUAUCGGGUGACAGGGUGUGGCUAUCCGACUGGACUUUCCGUGCUCCUCGAUCCCAUGGUCGCCGAUUAUUAUGGCACAUUCUUUAGCGGCUUCGGCUUUCGCCUGCUCAUCCACAAUUCGCAUAAUUUUCCCGAUGAGAACGCAGAAUCCAAAGUGGUAACCUCCACGCGAGAAAGUUUCGUGCGCAUCAAUCCAGAAUCGACAUAUGCUACAAGGGAUAUACAGCGCAUGGACUUGAAGUGGAGGAACUGCCUCUUUGGCAACGAGCGUAAGCUGGAUGGACUCAGACGAUACUCUUUCAUCAACUGCAUGUUCGAGUGCAGAAUGCGAAUGACUCUAGAGAUCUGCGGCUGUCUGCCCGCCUAUGUGGCCAACAAUGGCACCUUCAAGGUGUGCGGAGUUCUUCAUUUAAACUGCAUUAUUGAGAGCAAACGUCUCUACUCUCGUGCCUUGGCGAAUCUGGGCGCGUCGCUCUCCAGAGUACGUCGUACAACCAGUUUUCCCUGUGAUUGUCUCCCUGAUUGUGAGUCCAAUUUGUAUGUCUCCGAGAGCACCAUGGGCCGAUUAGAGGUUAAUUACUCCAGCAGAAGAAGUAGCAGCUCCAGUCAAACAGAUAGCAUUUUGGUUCAUGUGUUCUUCAGCGACUUGAUGUCCACUCGAUACCGCAUGGAAAUAUUUCAGAACUGGCUAUCGGCACUAGCUUCAUUUGGCGGCCUGUUGGGUCUUAUUCUUGGCUUCAGCAUUGUCACUGCCUUCGAAUUUGUUUAUUUCCUUACAUUUCGUCCUAUUUUCAAUUACAUCAACCGUGAUAGAGACUAAAUUGAAAAUAAUCUCGAUCAAUACAGUUCAUUGCAGAUUAUGUGAAUGCCUUACUAUAAUCAAUAAUGGGAAAUUUCGCAAUGCACAAAAUGGUUUUGCCCAACAAUCAAGACACGUGCUCGUAGUUAAUCUACUGUAAAUUUCUUUUAUUAAAUUUAUUAUACUCCAGCAAAUUGUAUUUAUAACGAGUUUCUGACUACAGAUAUUGAAACGUACUAUGCGUAUACUUGAUUAGAAGUGUGGGCAGAAUGUAGAUCGUGAUCGCAAAUAAAUGUUGAAACAGCAUCUAUCUAUUGGGUCUGUUAAAUGUAUUUUUAACUUAGUAUCAAUCACAUGGUUUUUAUUGCUCUACACAAAAUUCCUACGAAAUGCGAAAGUUGAUAAUUACAAAUGAUUCAAACAAUAACGUAAAACCCAUGUCAUAAAACUAUUAUUGUGCAAUGACAUGUUUCCACAUUCUAUUUUGAAUAUCCGAGAGCAGUUAAAGUAAUUAAGACUAAUUCAUCA